CAGCCGCAUCACCCCACAGCCCCUCACCUGUUGCGACCUGGGAUCGGGCAGAGUCAGGAACUGGUGUUGACAGAGGAUGAGAAGAAGCUGCUGGCCAAAGAAGGCAUCAUGCUGCCCACCCAGCUGCCCCUCACCAAGUAUGAGGAGCGAGUGCUGAAAAAAAUCCGCCGGAAAAUCCGGAACAAACAGUCUGCCCAAGAGAGUCGGAAAAAGAAGAAGGAAUAUAUUGAUGGCCUAGAAACUCGAAUGUCAGCCUGUACUGCUCAGAACCAGGAACUUCAGAGAAAGGUCUUACAGCUUGAGAAGCAGAACCUGUCCCUCUUGGAGCAGUUGAAGAAGCUGCAGGCCAUUGUGGUACAGUCCACCAACAAGUCGGCCCAAACGGGCACCUGCAUAGCUGUUCUGCUGCUCUCCUUCGCCCUCAUCGUCCUCCCCUCCAUCAGCCCCUUCACCCCCAACAAAGCGGAGAGCCCCGGAGAUUUCGCACCUGUGCGAGUUUUCUCCAGAACUUUGCACAACGACGCUGCAUCCCGUGUGGCCCCCGACAUCACGCCAGGCUCCGAUGCUCCAGGACCCCAGCUCAAGACUGGCACACCCCAAGAAGACCCUCCAGGAAGCCCUGGGGCAGACUGGGAAUCCCAAGACGUGCAAGCUAUGGACAACUCGACAGAGGAACUGGACAACUCGACCCUGGUCCAGGGCAACAUAAUGGAGCUGGACUGGGCCUCCCUGCUGGACUGGGCCACCUUGCUGGACUGGGCCUUGCCUAAACCAGUGUUCAGCCCAGGGCUUUUGGGUCUGGAGGCAGCAGGGGAGGAGUUGUGAGCACGACCCAGACAUGCCCCAGGCCCCUCUGCCCAGGACCACUUCAGUGCAUACUCAGUGGACAACAGGUGUGGGGACUGGAGGCAAGGUGGAGAUGCAGUGGACAUGCCAGGAUGGCCAUGCACAAAUUCACACUCUCCCGGGACCCAGACACCUGCAGAAACUGAUGCUCAAAAGCAAGGCCACAAAGCCUUAAGAAAUACACUGACCCAGCCGGCAGAGACAGGCAGGCGCAUGCAGACUGAGCCACAGACCCAAGCAACCACACUGGCACAGCAUGCCUCACCAGCUCCCUGCCCGGGACGCCUCCCUGCCCGGCCGGUCGCACUGGGAGGAGGAAGCAGCUAAGACCGCAGGGAUCCUGGCUCCAGAGAAUGAGCUGGGUUCCAAAUUCGGGGUGGCCACGGCCCAUGGCGAUUCCCUUUUCUAAAACUGCUGUUAAUCCUUAAUAAAAUAUU